AUGGAGAAGGAACAGACAAGGCUGGAAGAACAACAAUAUGUCAGAGAACCAUCUCCAGCACCAACACUUGUGGAGGAAAAAGAUUGUAUGCGAAACGUUGAUGGACCAUCCAAUACUGCCGAAACUAGUGACCAGCAGUCAAAGGAGCCGCCCAGCGCUGAUAGCGUCGAUCGACCCUACUCCGUAUUUGCAAGAUGGGAGAAAUGGGUCAUUGUAUUCAUCACUUCUAUCGCCGCCGUCCAUUCCCCCCUGGCGGCGAACCUCUACUUUCCCGCAAUUCCUAUCGUUGCCGAGGCCUUUGGGAAAUCCAUAGAACUGAUCAAUGUCACCGUGACGGUGUACAUGCUGCUUCAAGGUCUGGCCCCAACAGUCUGGGGCAACCUAGCCGAUCUCCCAUGGUGCGGUCGGCGACCGAUCUACCUCAUUUGCUUGCUUGUGCUCUCCAUCUCCUGCAUCGGUCUCGCCCUGACCCCAACAAGCGCCUACUGGCUGCUCGUCCUACUCCGAUGCGUCCAGGCCGCCGGGUCAGCAAGCGUCAUCGCCCUCAGCAGCGGGACGAUCAUGGAUAUUGCCGCCUCGCACGAGCGGGGCAUCUUCCUAGGCAUAUCCGGUAUGGGCCCACAGCUGGGAACGUGUAUCGGCCCAGUACUUGGAGGAGUGUUGGCAGGGAGUCUCGGCUGGCGCAGCUCCUUUUGGUUCCUGCUUAUCUCGGCAGGGACGACACUCACCAUCGAGUUGCUCUUCCUCCCUGAGACCCUCCGCGCGAUUGUAGGUGACGGUAGUAUCCCCGCUCCGCCGUGGAACCGACCACUGUUACCUGUGCUGGGACGCAAGUUCAGGGGGAAGUACGACCCAGCGCUGAGACCGAAGGCGUUGAGGAAAGUAGGUCCACUGGAAUUCCUCAAGCUGUUUAGGCACCCGGACCUGCUCAUUAUCCUCUCCACGAACGCCGUCCAGUUCACGAUCUUCUACUGUAUCCAAACGACCACGUCUCCCCUCUUCCUUGCCAACUAUCCUUGGCUUACCGAGACCGAACUGGGGCUGACCUACCUGGCCUACGGCGGUGGGUGCGUCUUUGGCGGGCCCAUCAGCGGCCGCCUCCUCGACUGGGACUACGACCGCGCGAAGCGGCGGGCAAAAGCGGAUCGCGAGGAAGGGAUAGUACACGAUCCUUCUAAAGGGUACAGGAACAAAGAAGGCGUACCGGUGAUACAUACGCGGCUGAGGCAGACCCCGUUCUACUGGGGCGCAUAUGUGAUCGUGGUCAUCGCAUACGGUUGGGCUGCGAAGGUCAAUGCGCCCCUGGGCGUAUUGCUAGUUUUUCAAUUCUUCGCCAUGUUCAUGUCCAUGUCGAUCUUCAACGUGACACAGGUGCUGAUCAUGGACCUUUUCCCUGGCCGAGGCUCCUCCAUCGCCGCAGCGAACAACGUGAUGCGCUGUGUACCUGGAGCGAUCAUGGUCUCGAUUGUGCAGUAUAUGCUGGACGGCGUCGGUGCCGGAUGGACGUUUACGAUCCUGGCGUUGGCGUGUGUGGUCAGCUAUCCGCUGCUGAUCCUUGAGUGGAUUAAGGGCCCGGAAUGGGCGAGGAGGAGAGAGGAGAGGGAGGCGGCGAAGGUCUCACCGGAGUAGAGGAGAUGGAUAGCAGGUACUUGGACCGGAGGACUGUGUCAACAC